GGAACAACGCAAAUUACGCACUGACAUUUCCCUCUCUCUCUCUCUCUCUCUCUCUCACACACACACACACACACACACACACACAGAGAGAGAGAGAGAGAGAGAGAGAGAGUGCACGCACACACACACACACACGCACACAGAAACAGUCAUACACGCGCGCGCGCCGACACGUUCACACAGUCGAGAAAGGAGGAAGAGUGGUUUACAUCGGAGCGACUCUCUAUAAAACAAGAGAUUAAAAAAAACAAGCUGGUGUAGAAGGGAAUAGACGAGUAAAAGCGAAAGAAAGCAAAUGGACCCAGAUGAAGAAGCAAACGGAUCUCAGAGCGAAGUCACGGUUAUGGCAUGAUGAUCACUUGAGCAGCGCUGCGUUUGGGUGACUGUUCCAGUCUGCUUCAGAUGGCUAACGCGUCGUUCAACCAAACCGACACCAAUUACGCCCAAGUGCGCGUCUGUGCGUCGGCGGUGGCCUUCGUGAUUUUGUUCCUCUUCAAUCUCUUAAUUAACUGGACUAUACUGCGAGAGCAGCGUCUGCGCAGCCAUGCUCGCUUCGUGCUCGUCUUCCACCUGCUGCUCUCAGCCACCACCUACUUCGCCGUUUGCUUCACCUUCUACCUGCAGAUGCACGUGCGAGCGACGCUGCCGGCGCCUGCCUGCGCAGCCCUCAUCACUGUGCUGGUAACCAGCGCAUCCAACAUCCUCCUCACCAUCACGGCCAUGGCCCUGGACCGCUACGUGGCCAUCUGCUUCCCGCUCCAGUACAGCAGCGUCCGUUUCAAACCCUGGCCCUGGCUUCUUGGGGUGGUCACGUGGGCGCUCGCGUCUGUCAUCCCUCUCAGCCUUUUCCCUAAAGUGAAGCUGGAAGCGAACGUCCAGUGUGGCCGGAAUCAGCUAAAAGUAGGGGGAGUGCAUAAAAUCUUACUCAUCUCGAUUUGCACCAUACUCAUUCUGUACAGUUACGUGCGGAUUUUGUGCGUGGGGCGCCGCCUGGGUGUGCUGAACCGGAGGAACCGGGCCGGCUGCAGGACCAUCGCCUUGCACGGCGUGCAGCUCGCAGUGUACAUACUGCCAAACUUUAUUAACUUCGUCCUGCAGGUCCUGACGGAAAAGAACACGAUUACGUUAGACACCAAGGAACGUUUUGCUGUGAUUACGUUUGUUUUCUUCAGCUUGGCUCAGUGUAUCGCUCCUAUAGUGUACGGACUGCGCAAAGAGGAGCUGCUGGAGCAACUUCAUCUCCGCUUCCCCUGCUUAGCCUGCAGACUGAAGAGCCUGCUGGAGUGGACGGUCGGUGUCACCCACCCUGGACGUCAACCCCGCCAACGGGAAAGGAGAAUGACGUCAGAGACACUUUUAUCAAGAGAAAUAUCACAGACGACUGUGUGACCAUUAGGGACAGUACACAGGGACACCGGAUACGGAUUUAAUACAACUACAGACUGGAUUUACAAAGUAGUCACACAUUUUCAUACAGGAACCCAACUGUGAAAUGGUCAGGAGACCAAAGAAUAGACUUACAAAUCAAGUGGCAGCUACGUGAAGCAAAAGGUCCUCAAAAGCCUCAUUUCAACACUGUGGAUGCUUUUGGAGUGUUUAAUCUGCAUUCAUUAGAGUAACAAUUAUAUGCAUAUUGUAGGUCAAGCAAUAAAACGCAAGUGUGUUUUACAGGAUUAUCCAAGUACUUAAGCUCAUUUUCAUGGAGUACUCGGUUGGUUUAGAAUUCAUGGGUUUUCCUCUGCUUAACCCUUUAAACUACCAGUCAGCUGUUCCAGACUCACAUUCCUCACACGCGUAAGUAUGCACCCUUCCUAGUAAGUUUCUUAAUAGUUCCUAAAAAUAAUCAUAUGAUGGGAAAUCAAAUAACCGUUUGAACUUGUCAGCAGUAUCCAAACAAUGCAAACAGCUCACCAAGGUCCAACUAUUAUGAAAAAAGAGCCAUGACUCCUCUUAAGCAAACUUAAUUUUAAAAGUAAUAAUAAUUUUAUUAGUCUGUCAAACCAUAGAUGUGAUUCAGUCACAGAUGUAGCUAAUAUUUCAUCACUGCUGCAAGUUCAUUAUACAGAUAUCAGCUGGAAAAGAUGGGUGACAUACCACUAAGGAGACUUAACUAAUUUAAAAAUUCAACGAGCCCAACAGUCCCUAAGCUGUGAGAUUUCAAAGGGGUGGAAUCAGUAAUACUCAGACAUGGCAUUUUCAAGUUACUCUUUAAUGUUAAUAGAAAUACAGAUAAUUAAAUGCACUGUGAGUCUCUCUUCAUUUUCUUGUUUAUUUAAUUCUGGCAAGUUUAUUUAUUUUUAACCACAAGACUCUGUUACAUGGUUAAAAACCUCCUGCAGAGACCUCUUGACAUUUCUUUAGUCAAACUAAUCUUAAUUUACUGUAACUGCAUUGUGAAUUUCAGGCACUGAUCAACUGUAUGCAUGUGUGUAAUCCUUACCACGUUAAUUUGUAAUAAAUAUAUUGCUCAAA